CAACUUGCUCUCAACACCUCCCUCUUACCGUGGCAGAGUUUAGCAAUCAGUAGCGAAUCAGCAGGAGCGUUUUUACUUUUCUGGAGCAGCCAGGUCACACGAUGAAUGGAAGCCUAGGCCACCGAGCGCACUGUUGCUGUUUGCGUUGACGCAGGGGGAGGUGAUUGCGGGAGCCCGCUUUCUACGCAGAGAGAAACUGGUUUGGUUACACAGCUUGGUGAAAGGAUGACUACUUCAUUUGUUCCUAUACCACUCCCUGUGGGGACUUCCUCCUCUGGUCCACCUGCAAACAGAAGUCGGAGGAGUUCUUCACUUCAGUCUUUGGACAGUGCGUCCACCAGUUCAAACUCGUCGAAAGGUCAAGUGGGCAGUUUACAUUCUGGUGGGUUUCGAAAGACUGUUACGUCUGAGCACCUUGCUUCCACAAACUUGCUCAAUAACAACAGUCCCUUGUUGAGAACUAAACUCAAUGGGACAAACCCAACAAUUGAAUAUUCCUCCAGACCUGUGGAGUCUGAGAAAGAGACUGACUCAACAAAUUGGGACGAGAGACCACCCACGCCUACCAUGUUGGGAUAUGAAGUUAUGGAAGAAAGAGCAAAAUUCACAGUUUACAAAGUGCUUGUGAAAAAUCAUCUAGAAGAAAACUGGGUGGUUUUCAGGAGAUACACAGAUUUUUCACGACUAAAUGAUAAGUUGAAGGAAAUGUUUCCUGGUUUCCGCCUCGCACUCCCUCCCAAACGCUGGUUCAAGGAUAAUUACGACACCAACUUUCUGGAGGAACGUCAGCUUGGACUCCAGGCAUUUCUGCAAAAUCUGGUAGCUCACAAAGAUAUCGCUAACAGCACUUCGGUGAGAGAGUUUUUAUGUCUGGAUGACCCGCCAGGUCCCUUUGACAGUCUAGAAGAGAGCAGGGCAUUCUGUGAAACUUUGGAAGAAACUAACUACAGACUGCAGAAGGAACUUGCUGAUAAACAGAAGGAAGUAGAGGCUUUGAAGAAAUUACUGGACGAAAAACAUCUUCAUAUAGAAUUUUUAGAAAGUAGAGUAAGGGAAUUGUCCUUGGAACAAGAAAAUACCCGGCGACCUUCAGGCCAGGAGAGUGAAUGUAGUGGCGAAGUUGAGUCUUCUGCAGUAGAAGCUGACCAAGCUGUUAUAGAGGAUGACAGUUUGGGAAUGGAGUCUGAUAAAGAGCAAUCUGCAGCCUGCCACAACAGCCCUGUAACUGAAACAUCGUCAGUAGAAGAAGCCCAAGCUGCUGAAGAAGACAUAGAACAGCAAGCAAAUGCUGAUGGUUAACUUUGCUGGCAAUACGUUAUAACAAUAGCUGUAGCUGGAAUACAGCAUAAAGGCUUUGUCUCUAGUUAUUAUCUGUAUGUUUUUAGGAUAUGCCAUUCUUCCAUAAUUAGAUAUCUCAAUAUGUUUGCUUAAUGCAACAGGUUUUAUCGAUCUGCUCUGCUGGGCUUCCUUGUGCAAUUAAGAAGAGCUCAAUCACUUAUUCACUAAUUGGGCUGUUGGUUCUAUCCUGGAUGCAUUCUGUUUUAUAACAUUUCAGUUUUCAGUAAGGUACAUUUUAGUGUGCGUCUUGAAAUAUGUGCAGGAAUAAGUAUGUUAAUUUGCAUUGCAGAAUGUUUCAAAUUGCAUUACAAUUUAAGUAAUCCAAGCCAUUGUUGCCCCUGCGACAUAAAUGCAAA